AUGUCCACCAAACCUUCCACUGUCUCCAACAUGCUCAGCAUCAUCACAUCUCCCUCACUUCCCAACGAACAACCUGUCCAACCUAGUAUGUCGGUCCCAGAACCAACUUCAACGAAAUCUACUCCUACUCCUCCUUCACAAAUAGCUGCCGGUCUCGCCACUUCUCUUCCUGGAACGACCCCCAGACCGCAAAAUCAAUCCUCUACUCCCGUCGCUCCCCGUCUUUCAAGUAGCGAAACAGCCGCUCUGGUCUCACGUAACUGGGGUACCGUAUCUAAACCUACCACUGGACCGCUCCUUCCAGAACGUAUAGCUCCCCCUAAUCUCUACUGUGGCUCAAUCAACUUCUAUAUCACUCAAUACCGUCCUUUGGAUAGUAGUCGACUUUACUUGGGUAUCACCCGUGAUGUUCUCAUCACAGCCAUUUCCUCCGCUCGUCGAGCUUACCUAAUAUCCAACGCAGCGUUAUCAUAUCUUCCAUCACCAUUUUCUCCUUUUACAGCAUUAUGGUCCUCCUCCUCCUCCUCCUCUUCUUCUUCAACUACAGAGAAUCUCGGAACGGGUCAAUUGAUAAUAUCUCCAAAGAGAGAUAUGUUCAUGCAAUUUCUCGACAGAUAUACAAAUGUUGGAGUUUACGUCAUUCAUCAUAUCUUUUCAAUGGGAGAGUUAUUCGCAAUGUCAGGAUUUUAUCUCACUACUUCAGUUUUCAAAUCGGCAGCUAUGGCGGCUUUACAAAGUGUCAAAAUCCUCGAUGCGAUCUUUGGUAGUAGCGAAACGAGUAGGGCUUUGAGUAGCUUUAUUGGACAUAGUAUAAGCGAAUUGUUAUUACAUGAAAAGUUUCAGAAUGAUGAGAAUGGUUUUCUCAAUAGUUCUACGGCACUCACAAAGGCCUUCACGGCUUUUGCUUGUUUACAGAUGGCGACUUGGAAGAGAUUAGAAGGGAGGUUGAAACUUCGUCUGAUAUACGACGCUACAUUGAUCACUGAAGAAAGCCCGACUGGACGGAAGAUCAUAGCUAUCAACAACCUUGAACCAAGUCAGACUGAGGGUAUCACUCAAAUCCGACCUGACGAUCCGCCUAUAAUACCCACCGAAUCUCCAGAGCCUGAAACUCCCAAACAAGCCGAGGCUACCCCGGUGGACGUUGAUGUGACCGCUCGACCAGAUACAGGAAUGGAAAUUCACAUCCAUCCUGCUUCCCAGCCAGCCGCGGGUACUUCCACGUCUGGGCUGUCAGUAUCGCCUUCUGCCGGGGACCUCGACUUGCCAAUAGAACCCGACUUCGAUGACGGUUUGAAAGAUUAUUUGCAAACCUUUGGAGAAGGUCUUGGAAUCGAGACCACCCCACCGAUAUCCUCUACGACCACUUCCGAGAACAAGGAGCUGGACGAUAUAUCUGAAGAUGUCCCAAUCGUCCAUAUCGAUCGCGAAGGAGGUCAUAGAUCUCCCCUGGCAGGUACAAACGUAGUCAAUGGCAAAGCAGCAAGAAUACUUUCUGGUUACAUAACCCCUCAGAAAACCGAGUUGGAAGAAUGGGUCGAACUUGAUCCUCAAACUGCCGAUGACGAACUCCAUCGACUUCCCUCUGUACCUAAUGGAACUCCGGCGAUCCCAUCAAAAACCCUACAAGAAGCUGCAGAACAUCCACAUGAUAAUUCCGAAAGGAUUCAACUAGCUUUGAAACAUAUGACCGAUAAACUUCUUCAGCGUCGGUCCAAGACGAAAACAAGUAGGUCAAUGACGGACGAUGAGUUUUCUUCGGAAGAAACGAGCCCCUUACAUAAUUUGGAUUCGAGCGGAUCAACAUCACCAUCGUCCUUCAUGAAAAGUGGCUCUACGUCCCCUUCCACUUUGAGAAUUGCAAAAAGACUCUUUGGAGUUUCCCCGCCCUCGUCACCUCCUUCAGCAUGGAAAGAUACGUAUCAAUCUCGAAGACGACGAGGCAGUUUGGGAAUAUUUCGACGUAAAAAGGAACAAGGGGCUUUAUCUUCCGAUGAUCUUCCUUCCUUAGCUUCUCGGGCCGAGAUUAUGGACAAAACAACUAGCACGAUAAUCUCAAUGGAACCAAUUGAAAUGAUCGAUCAACACACAGCAGAUCAAAAGUCAAAAAGUGAUACCUUUGACAAUGUGGGAUCUUCAAGUAGUCCCCAACCGAGAAGAAAGAAGAAACCUCCUGUUGAAGUGUAUGCGGACCCAUCGGCGGGUUUGUAUCCUCAUGAUUCGUUGAUCAGGAAUAUCCAUAGGUUUAUGAGGUAUUCAACCGCUGCGUACGGCCAAAACUUCAUGAGAAUAUUCAAACUUGGAACGUAUUCUUUCAAGACUACCACUAGGCAUCAUGCCAAUGCUCAGGCUUUUGCCCGUCAUACUGGAAUUGAAACAGAUAACAUCAUACUUUCCUCUUUCCUCGAAUCUCCUCCUGUCUCUCCAAACGUUCAAGCCCCUCCAUUAGUACAUUACCUAGUCGUCGACCAUUCUCUCAAAUCUGUCAUUCUAACCUGUCGUGGUACACUCGGUUUCUCAGACGUACUCGUCGAUUUCACAUGCGUUUACGUCGAUAUAACUCUUCCCCACGCUCCACCCCCAAAACCAGCUAGUAAUUCAGUCGAAUUCGCCCCUGAAUAUUUCGUUCAUUCAGGAAUGUACACCUCCGCUCGAGGAUUGGUAGCUCCAACAUCAACUGUACACGUAGCGUUAUUGGCCGCAUUGGAGAAAUACCCUUCAUACGGUCUUGUUGUGUGUGGUCAUUCUUUAGGUGGUGGAGUAGCAGCUUUACUCGCUAUUUUAUCUUCUUGUCCUGCAGAAACAUUUAUAAAGGAAAACAAAGAAAGAGAACAUCCAGUGGAACAUCCGGAAAUAACUACUGCUUUCGUCACUAGUUUUUCAUCUGGUUUACCUGCAGGUAGACCAUUGAUGGCUUAUGCUUUUGGACCAAGUGCGGUGGCUUCUUCGGAUUUAGCAAGAUAUGCAAGAGGUUUGGUGGUUAGUGUGGUACAAGAUAGCGAUGUGGUUCCUACUUUGAGUUUGGGAGUUUUGAGGGAUAUGAAAAAUGUUGCUUUGUCUUUGUAUGAAGAGAAUAAUGUCGCAGAGGAAGUUGUGGGAAGGGUCAUCGGUCUGAAACAACAACAACUCCCGUUCAAGAUUGGAAUGUCUACAGAAGAUCAUCCUUGGUUGAAAGAUGAUGAUAUGGUACAUGAUUGGAUGACCAGUUUGAUCAAAACUAUGAGGGCGGAUAUGCAACAUGAUAAGUUGUAUCCACCUGGUGAUGUCUAUAUCAUGGAGAACUUCGAUGUUCUCGUCAGUCGGACACCUCCACCUGGACAACCCCAGGCAGAGCCUCGAAAAGCGAGGAGGGUGUUGUUGCGGAAAUGCGAAUCCGUCGAGGAACGGUUUAGAGAACCCGUAUUCUCCAAAACGAUGCUCCGAGAUCAUAUCCCUUACCACUACGAAUAUUCCACUCGGUUAUUAUACGAAGCCUUUUACGGAAUUUGGGAUCCUAAUCAAAAACAGGAUGAUACCCCGGGAGAUGAGAAUCGAGGAAAGGCCACGAUAACGACUAAAUAA